AUGGUUCCUCUUCCGCUAUUCAAGCUUGCAUCUCUUCUUGUUAGGCAUAUCUCAAAAUAUGGCGCCAAUCACAUCAAAGCUCAGGCACACGAUCACCCGCGGUUCCGAGCGUUCGCUGCCCGAUACGGACAAUACAUGCAUCAAUUGAACAUGAGGAUGUCAGUCGCAUUGUUACGGAACCCAGACGCCGAACGAAGAGCAAAAGAAAAGGCCGAGGCACCGACGGUCAAGACAGAAGAGCAGCAGAAACGAGACGAUGAGCUUAAACAGAAGCAGGCUCCCGAACUCCCCAAGAAGAGCAUGGCGUUUCAAAACAUCUGGAGGCGCAAAUUCAGGCCACUUCCCGAGAACAAAGCGGUGGAUCUAUUCGCUGAUGUCAUUGGUGAUGCGUUCAUCCUCUCGGUAGCCAUCGCCUUAAUUGUCUACGAAACCUGGAAGUCGUCACAAAAGCCCGACAUGAACAAAUUGCGGAUAGAAGAGCUGGACCAGAAACUCGAAGAACUGAAGAAGAGGGAAGACGAGCUAGAAGAGGCGGAAAGGAAGCACAGGGAAAGAUAUGAACGCUUGGAGGAGACACUGCGCCAGUUGAGGGAUCCCAAGACAAAUCAAUUGCUGGCCCCGGCGUUGCAAGUAUCAUAA